UUUGCUCAUUUCCCCCUCUUUUGUGCUGUUUGCCAUCCAAACGACAUUCGCACCCUCAGAUUUACCAGAAAAUGACGACCCGAUUCAAGAAGAACCGGAAGAAGAGGGGCCACGUCAGCGCCGGACACGGUCGAAUCGGGAAACACCGAAAGCAUCCCGGAGGCCGUGGAAACGCUGGAGGCAUGCACCAUCACAGGAUCCUCUUCGACAAGUACCACCCGGGGUAUUUUGGUAAAGUCGGUAUGAGGUACUUCCACAAGCUCCGCAACAAGUUCUAUUGUCCCAUCGUCAAUAUCGAUAAGCUUUGGUCCAUGGUUCCCCAAGAUGUUAAGGACAAGGCUAACAAGGACAACGUUCCAUUGAUUGACGUCACUCAGUUCGGCUACUUUAAGGUUUUGGGAAAAGGUGUUCUGCCGGAGAAUAAGCCAGUCGUCGUCAAGGCCAAGCUGGUCUCAAAGACUGCUGAGAAGAAGAUUAAGGAGGCUGGUGGUGCUGUGGUGCUUACUGCUUAGGGUCAACUUGGUAAUUUUAUUCUGGUUUUGGUUAUUGGUAAUGUUUUCUGAUUAUGUUGAGACAUGUUUACAUUAAAGAUUUUGAUAUAUCUUUUGUAAUGACUGGGAAAAUGGUUUAUUAUAUCUCUAUCUUCGGUUGAUUUGUA